CAACUGCUUCUCUCUGCAUUCCAUUUUCCGGAGCCUUCAUUGCAGAGUGAGAGUGAAGCUAUACGUACAUCUUUGUGUGUAUCUAUAGAUAUAUAUCGGAGAGAGAAAUGCUGGGAGUAUUUAGCAGCUCGAUAGUAUCGCCGCCGGAGGAGUUGGUGGCAGCCGGCAGCAGGACCCCGUCUCCCAAAGUUUCCGCGGACAAACUGGUCGGUCGGUUUGUGGAGAGGAAUUCGUCGGCGGUGUCCGUGCAGAUCGGCGACGAUGUCAAGUUAGCCUACACGCACUUCAAGGAGUCUGCGUUACGGCCGAGAUCCUUUGCUGUGAAGGAUGAAAUAUUCUGCUUGUUCGAAGGGGCACUCGACAACUUGGGGAGCCUCAAGCAGCAAUACGGGCUAGCGAAAUCAGCGAAUGAAGUCCUUUUGGUGAUUGAAGCAUACAAGGCUCUUCGUGACCGGGCGCCUUACCCUCCAAGUCAUGUUGUUGGGCACUUAGAAGGCAACUUCGCCUUCAUAGUUUUUGACAAGUCUACUUCUACUUUAUUUGUUGCCACUGACCAAGAUGCUAAGGUUCCUCUCUACUGGGGUGUCACUGCUGAUGGAUGUCUUGCAUUUGCUGAUGACAUAGACUUACUCAAAGGAGCUGUUGGAAAGUCCCUUGCAUCUUUCCCCCAAGGAUGUUUCUACUCAACCGACAUCGGGGAGCUCAAGAGCUACGAAAAUCCCAAAAACAAGAUCACUGCUGUCCCGGCGAAAGAGGAAGAAAUCUGGGGAGCUAAGUUCAUGGUUGAAGGGCCAAGCAUGAUUGCAGCCACAAAGUAGAAAAGAUGACUUCUUUUCCCUUCCCUAAGAUGUCUGAAUGAUAGUUUCAUAUGUAGUAAGUAAGUAAGUAAGUAAGUAAGUAACCUCUGUUCCAUUGUAAUAAGGUGUGUGUGUAAAUUAAUGGAGUGAAAGUCUUAUGGUGCUUCCUGUGAUUGAUCUAUC